AUGGAUGUGGCACUUCUGACAAUGGAUGAUAAUUCACCACAGCCGACAAGUUCUUCAACUUCUACAGUUCGACCGCAUUCAACAUCUCCAAUGUUGCCGGAUUCGAAUGAGAUUUUGAGAAUGUUGACAGAUCCGAAUUCACAGAUUUAUGGUUAGUUUAUUUGAAUACGGGGAAUUCCAGAACUUUUGAGUAUAUUUUUAGAUACAUAUUUUCUUACUUACAAUUAAUGUAGGUUCUAUUAUUAUUUCUGGGUGCUAGAACUUUUGACUUACCCCCCUCCCCCCACCUCCCUUUAAAUUUGAAAACACUGACCUUAAUGCAGCGUUACUGAACACAACGAAUCUGACACGCAAAAAUUUGCUAUUGUUUUUCCAUCUUCCUUCAAAAUCGCAAACUCCAGAUGACCACUAAAAAUCAAGAUUAUUUUCAAACGCAAAAUUUUCAAUCAAAAAUAAGUUUACCCUUACCUUUUUGAAACUCGAAGUUCUCUUCAAAUUUUGAAUGCAAAUGCCAAUUUGCUAGCUCACUGAAUUCAUAAAUCCCUCCGAUAUAAAUAUAUUGUUGGCCAACUUCCAAAAAAAAAAAUAUGAAAAUGUUUUCUUACUGUUGGCGCACAAAUCUGCAUUUUGUGCAAACACCACACAAUGUGCACUUUAUGUGACGACAUUUAAAAUUUUUUCCGCGCGCGGAACUCAUAAAAACCAUCACGAAAAUGCCUUUUUCAGCCGGUCUCGAUACAUCUCCAAAAGCUCAACUUGAAAGAAUAUUGGCUGCUGGUGGAUUCGAUGAAUCUUCAAUUUCCUCUUCCAAUGGUUUUCCAUUCGAUCCAUCACAAUUAGGAUUUCCCGAUAUUUCGUCGUUUGCAACACUUCGAAACUCCUCAAAAACAUUGAAAUGUCCGAAAUGCAAUUGGCAUUACAAAUAUCAGGAGACUUUGGAAAUUCAUAUGAAAGAAAAACAUAAUGAUGCUGAUGUGAAAUGUAUAUUUUGUGCUGAUAAUCGACAACAUCCAAAACUUGCGCGAGGUGAAACAUAUUCCUGUGGUUAUAAACCAUAUCGAUGUGAUUUAUGUCGAUAUAGCACAACUACAAAAGGCAAUUUAAGUAUUCAUAUGCAAAGUGACAAACAUCUUCACGCUGUUCAAGAACUUCCUGCAAAUAUCGCGAAUUUUGCAGCAUGUGCUGCUCCAAUGUCAAGAACAAGUCCAAUUGAUGAUUCAUCUGCAUUUGAUUCACCAUUAAUUUGUUUGAUUUGUGGAGUUUUUGCAACCGAAUCAUUGGCUGAAAUGAUUGAACAUGUUGAAAAAGAUCGAAGUCGUCCAACUCAAGGAGAUGUUUCAAUUGUGAAUGGAUGUUUUAGAUGUCAUUUAUGCCCAUAUAACACAACUUUGAAAGCCAAUUUCCAAUUGCAUACAAGAACCGACAAACAUUUGCAAAAAGUUCAAACGGUGAGUUUAAUCAAUAAUCAAAAUCCCCAAAAAUAUUUUCGAAAAAAUAAUGGGCUCCUCCUUUUCCUUUCCCACCAAAUUGCAUAAAUAACAUUUCGAACAACAUUAGAAUAUUUAUAUAACAUAUAAAAAUAUUUCUCUCUUUAAUAUAUUGUUAUCAUAUAAAUUGUGAGUAAUGUUGUUCUUAUAUUUGUUCUUCCUUUUCCUCUGAUUUUUACGAGUAUGGGAAUCAUUUCAUUUCUUUCUUUUUUUGUAUUUAAAAAGAAAGAAGAAUUCUUAUUUGUCCUCAUCUUUAUUUUAUUUCAUUUCAUUUUUCAAUCCAAUCAUCAUCGAAACAAUAACAAGAGAAACUGUCAAUUUGAAUAAAUGAAAAUGAGAAAAAGGGGAAAAAAUAAGACAGUUAGUUGCGCACAGUUGGAUAUUUUUCGAAUUAAAAUGAGGAGGAAAAUGAUGAGAAUUGAGAUGACCGUGAAUCAAUUUAUUUAGCAAAUUUUUAUUUAUUAGUUAUUAUAAUACAAUAAUGCUUUGGAAUUAAAGUCUUUCGAAAAAAACUCUAGAAGAAAAAUUAUAAGAGGAAGAAGUAAAAAAGGUUUAAAAACUGAAUUUCAAAAAUUGUUUUCUUUACGUGAAACGUGUAUUCGUGGCUAAUCUCAUUUUUUUUCAUUUUAAGUCAGUUCAUCUUUUUCAAGUAGGGAAUAAAUUAUUGAGAUGGUUUUUGAGUCGGACCAAAAUUGUGUUAGGUACGUUUAUUGAAUCGGAUUGCAUUUUAUGUUUCAUAGGAAUUUUCGAUCCCGCUCACGAUGCCGCUGUCUGAAAUUGCAAGACUUAACUCCUAAUAUAAACUAUGACGCGGCAAAGUUGGAAAAUUUCGAAUUUUUUUAGUCAUAACUCAUGUUAGGUUUUGAGUUCUGCAAUUUUAAAGCGAGCAGAAAAGAUAAGAGAAUAGUUUUAUAAUUUCAACAAUUAGUCCGAGUUUUUGGGUUUAAUUCAGAAAUCAUCUUUGAAUCAUUUUUGAUCCACGAAAUUCAUAACGUUUCUCCGAAAAUGCUUCUCUUCCACAACGUUUUUCUCUCAAAUUCACCUCAUUCUACCAAAAAAGUUACCAUUUCAAGAAAAAUGAGGCGAAAAUAAUAAAUGUUACGAGGAGAGACAUUGCAAUUAGAUGGGCGGAGCCAUGUCUUCUCAUUGGUUUUAUGCUUCUUCUUUUCCUCUUGCCCGCCUUUUCUUCUUCCGAUUAUACACAUAUUUUUCGGUUUUUUUUCUUGGAAGAAUUUAAGUUUUCAUUUAUUACUAUUAUUAUAAUAAUAAAUAAUAAGAAUAAUUUUUAGUUGAUUAUCUAAUUUUUUUUUGAAAAAAAAAUAUUAUUUCGGAUCGCUCAUUAGACGCAUUUCAUACAGCUGUUUUGCCGAUGAAUUCACCUUGAAUUAUUUUUAAUUUGGCAAGCGAAAGAGAGAAUCUAUACGUAUUUUUUUUCGGUAUUUUGUUGAUUCUUCCACCUAUUUUUUUGCUGCAACAUUCUCUAAACAGUUUUUGAAACAAUAAAAAUAAAAAUGUUUGCAUUCUUGAUUAACUCCAAUUAUUCGAUUCGUUUUCUUCGUGUAAUUGACUUUCUCAUGUCCCAUGGAAAAAAGAAAAAUAAUAAUAAAAUAAUAAUUUCUCUACUGCUGAAUAUACAUAUAUUUAUGUCUGACUGACGAAUUAACCCAAUUAGCUAUCGUACAUAAUUAGCAUAGAUUUUCGUUUUUCCAUCUUUUCAUUCUUCUAUUUUCUACCAGUUUUUUUGAAAAAAAUGAUGAUGGGAAACAUUUUUUGUUGAAAAUUUUAAUAGUUUUCACAUGGAGAAAAUUUAGAUGUUUUGCUUGGGACCUAAUUUUGAGGAUUUCUGAAUCGAAUCAGGUCUGAUUUUUCGAGAUAAUAUCUUAAUAAAAAAAGUUUAGGCUUGUAAAAAAUACCAGAAUUAGAUUUAGCCUUAUGCUUAGUCGAAGUUUCAGGUUCAGAUCUAAAAUUCUCACCUUGGUCCAAUUUGUUAUUUUAAUCUGAAAACCCUUAUCCUUUUCCCUUCACAUAAUUUUCCUACCAAAACUCGAAUCCAAAUCCGUUAAUUAGUAUAUUUUCUGCAAAAUUAAUUCCUUCUAAUUCUAAUCUAAUAAUAAUCAGGGCUCUUUUCUCUCAAUUUCGCGCACAAAAUUGAAAUGAAUGAAUAAAUAAAUCCACUUGACAAUCACUUGACUCUUUUCAUCCCCCUCCUCUCCCACUACCCUCCAACAGAACCCCCCUUCCCCUUCCAAUCCAAAAUAUAUUAUAAUCCAAUUUUGUAUGUGAGGAGUUGUUUUGUUUUGUGUUUGCAGGCAAAUCAUUUGCGAGAAGGAGCACGACCUCAUACGGCAAUUUAUCGACUUUCAAACACCAAGACAAGUGUUCAAGUGUUGUGUCGACAGUGUCAGGAAAUUAUUUCCAGGUAGAUUUUUUUGGGGAAGCUUGGGUUUGCAAAUAGGUUUGAAGUUUUUUCAUAAAAAGUUCAGGCUGAACACUCAGAAUUUGGAGAAAAUAUGAAAAUUGAUUCGAAUAGCUACAAAGCUCUGUAUUCACAUCCUAAAAAUUCCAACUUUUUCCCCAAUUCAAAUUCUCACAUUCCAAAUGAAAAAAUUUGAAAUCAAAUAAAAGUUGAAUUGAAAAUAGGUGUGUAGUUGUGCGGUCGUUUAAUUCAUUCACACAAUUGGAUUAUUACUUGCCCUCUUUCGUCUCUCAAAAAUAGUAGUAAUAAUAAUAAUAAUAUGAAAAUCUGGUACUGUCAUGCGUAACUAAUAUUGUUCCAUGUCAUGAUUUUGUUUGAAAAUGAAAUGAAAGAAUUUUGGAAUUUAGGAGUUUUUUUUGAAUCUCUUAUUUGAUCUAAUUUUUUCGAAAAAAGUUUUAAAAAUUAAUUUUUCAGCACUGAUUUACUGCGUGAACAUUGUCACGUUUCAUCAAAUCAACUUCAACAACAAAAAAUUGUGCGAAAAUUCUGGCGAUGCAAAAUUUGUAGUGUUGAAUUGGAUAGUGAAUUGCUUGCAUCAGGUAAGUGUGUUGUGUAUUUCUCUUUUUGUUUCGUUUUUCCACUUGUCAAAUCUCACUAAUUACGGUCAACAACUUUGUCCUUUUUCAUUUUGACUAAUUGCUGUAUUUUUACGAUUUUUUAAAAACGAAUUUUUAUAACGAGAAAAGCUUUACUCGCUACUGUCGAAAUAAGAAAAAAAACUACGAUGUUCCGCGUUUACGCCUUUGAAAAUUAUGGGUUUUGAUCUCAGAAUCACUACUUUUUAUCAAAUUUUGAGAAAUGCGGAGCUUUGUAGUUUUUUCUUUUAAAUCAAUCUCUAAGCGUAUCAUUCCAAACAUCUAAGGCUUUCAUCGAGUCUAGCCAUGCACUAUUAUCGAAAAAAAAGUUUCUCUCCCUUAAUUUAACAAACCAAAAAAUUCAUUCCAUUAUUUUAAACUAAAAAUUGAAUAGCAUAAUCCGUUUUGUCUGUAUUUAUGAAUAAAUAUAUAUUCAUUACAGAAAAAAGAGAGAAGAGCCUUGUUUCCGACCUUGACAGAGGUUUAUAUUAUUAUUAUUGUAUUCUAUUAUUAUAAUUCAUUUCAAUCCUCUUUUUCUGAUCAUCAUUUUCUAUUUUUUUUCAGGACACAUGACUUGCCACGAGCCGACAACGUGGCCUGAAAAUAUUGGUUAGUUUAUUUUUAUUUUUUUUUCUCACUUAAUUUUGGGAGACUGAUUUUGUCGGGAAAAAAGAAAAUGAGGAGAAAGAGAGGAAAUAUAUCCGCAAUUAGGCAUCUAUUCUUUUCAUUUUUGCCACUAAUCACUUGAAUGAGAGAAUGAACAACGGAAAUAUUUAUAUUUCAUUUCAUUCUUGGACCAAUUGAGAAUUGAGAGAGGAAUUAGGAUUCGGGAAACGAAAAACAAGAGAAAAUGAGGGAAAAUGAGAUUUAUUGAGAAAUACUUUCAGUUGGUUUGUGUAUUCAUUUUGGCUGAGAUCUUGGUUCCCAAAGUUUGAAACUGUACUCGAAAUUUUAAAUUCUAAAUUUCAAAGAUUAUUAGAGAUUCAUAGUUUUCAAGUAGCCUUGAGAUUUCUUUUCAAACAAAGAUUUUUUGCUCUGAAAGUUUUAAACUGAAUCCUUGCUGGGAAUAUAGCGAUUUUCAGGUUAGAAAAUUUUGAAAUCCCAUUUCCUGAAAUACGAAAUUUUAACAAAAGCAAUUUUUUAGAAAUACUUGAAAAUUACCGCGGGAAAAUAUGAUAGAAUUUCGUACAGUCACUUCAAAUUAAAUUUUCCCACGCUAAUUUUUGUACUAUUUCUUUCCAACUUUUUUCUCAGUUUUUCUUUUUUUUUAUUUCCUAUAAGUUCUCUCUUUUCAAGACUUUCUUUCCUGACAAUAAGUUUCAACAUCUUGUUUCACCUAGUUUUAAUUUCUCUCGUUUUUUUUCCUCACAAUUGUAGCAUCGCUCGAAAAAACAAUUGAGUUGUUCUUUUUCCUCUUCUUUUUUUGCUUCUUCCGCUCAACUCAAAAAUAUCUGUAUUGUUUAAUUGUAAAUUGACACCUGGUGGAUUUCGUUUACACAAAAACAGAGAGCACACAGACAAGAAAUUGAUGGUAUUCUUCAUUUCAUUUCGCGUUUCAUUUUUUUCCGGCGUGGUUUGUGAUGAGCUUUUUUUAAUUUUCAAAUUUCCCCCAUUUCACGUGCAAACACGGUUACGCACUUGUGUACAGUAGGAUUUGAACUUUGAAUAUUUCAUAUUUUGAUCUGUUCAAUAUGAACCUAUUUACGCUUGAUAAAGUGUGUGCGGCAGUUGCAUUUAGGCCACGCCCACUUUUGCAAAAAAUUUUUAAAGUCGGCUUUCAAGAUUCUCGUUGUUUUUCCAACCAAUAAAAAAAUCAAUAAUAGCAACGAAAAAAAAUAAUAUAAAUUUUUGUAUCAUCACCGCCAUCAUCAUCAUCAUCAAAUAAUAAUAAUAGAAUAAUAUAAAUUGUUUGACAUACAACAAUAACAUGCAAUUGAAACUUUGCCGCCGUGUGUGUGUGUGAGAAUAUUAUAAUUGUUUGAAAUUUUGAUGGGCGAGAUGAAAAACAAGAGAGAAAAGAGGAAACAGGUCAAAAUUAGCAUUUUAUUUUACUACCAACCGUUUUCAAAACAAAACAAAACAAAUCAAAAUAGAUUCCAUGUUUAUUUUCUUCUUCGUUUUUUUUCCGCGGCAUAAUUUUUCCCUUUAGUUAGAGGAACUUGACUUUUUCACAUUAAGCAAUUGGCUUGUAUACACCCUUUACACCAAACAACUCUUCUUCUUCUCAUUGUUCUUCCUCUCUCUUUUCUCUAUUUUCGAGCCAUGUUUGAUAUCUGCUCCGGUGGGAAUUUGAAGCCGAAAAAUCGGGCAAGAUAUCUAAAUUUGUGCAUCUUCUAUUCGUUUUUAUUUCCAAACUUGCUUAUUUUAGUUGGUUCCCAUUCUUUUUGUUUUAUUAUAAUCGUAGAAAUUGAAGUUGCCAGUUUUUUGUUUUUCGAAAUGAAAAAAUUGAUAGAAAUUGAAAGUUACAAGAAUUUUAAAAAACUUUUGGAUCCUCGGGUUUUUUUUCAAAGCUGAUUUUUUCUUAGCCCGAAUGGGCCCGAAUCCCGCCACCUGAAAUUUUAAAUCAUCGGGGAUUUUUGGACAAACGAACGUAAAGUCUAGAGGUGUGUCAGAAACUCAUUUUCAAAUAUGAAGCUUCUGACAAGGAAUGGUUUUCAAUGUUCCCCCAAGGAAAAAAUCGAGAGUAUGUGGAAUGUUGAGGGUUCCCGUGGGUAAGAAAAACCCUAACGGGAAUAAGGAGAAAAAUGCCUUAUUCUCGAGAAAAAAUGUAUUUUAGGUCGAUUUUUACACCAUUUUUUGAUUUUUAGAGCAUCUGUAACUCGAUUUUGAAUCUAUUUCAUGAACUUUUGAGUCGUGGAAGUUGUUCAGAAUGGUCGAUUACGUGUUUGUGAAACUUUUUAUCAAAAAAUUAGACAUUUUUUGAAAUUUGGUUUUUUUCUUCGGGGUUUUUCUGAUCAAAUGGUCACCAAAAAACACAAAAAAUAAUUUUUUCCAUUUUCAAAUGAACGGAACUUGAAAAAUUUAUGACGGUCAACAGACGUAAUUUGGUCCGUAGAAUCCAAAAAUCAUAGUCUCGAUUCACACAAACUUCUCCUUCACAACGAAAACGUUGAUUUUCUAUGAAUUUUUCAAACUGGAUUUUUGAUUUAGUGGGCCUUUGGGACCAAAAUUAUUUUAUUCCUAAUUUUAGUCGAAGUAAUACUACAGUACGCCGUUUGCGCUACAAAUGGAUUUUUAGACUGACAUUUUUCAUCAAUUUUGAAAAAAGUUUCGAUUUUUCUAAAAAAUUUCAUCGCAAAAAUCAAUAACACCAAAAUUUUCUAAAACAAGGCAUUUUUCUCCUUAUUCCCGUUAGGGUUUUUCUUACCCAUGGGAACCCUCAACAUUCCACAUACUCUCGAUUUUUUCCUUGGGGGAACAUUGAAAACCUUUCCUUGUGAGUUUCACUUUUGUCUCUAAUGAAAUUCCUGUUUAACACUCUUGAAAUCUUUCAGAAUUAGUUCAAAAUUAUAAUUAAUUUCAAAAACCUUCGAAUUUAGCUUUUAAAAAUCAUGAUCUUAUUUUUCUCUGAAAAUGUGUUGUUUUUCUCCUCGUGAGGUCUUCUUCUUUUCUUUUUUUUUUCUUUUUUUGGUAUAUCAUCAGCUAACAAAUCAGAGCUAUACAUCAUUAGGGAUGGAAUGGAAUUGGGAAGAGAAAGGGUCCCUUCCCCGCUUUCGUUUUUCUUCUUCGUGUCGUUUUUAAACGAAUCAAGUUGGUCUUUUUGCGCUAGUUAGUUAGUUAGUUGGAAAAUUCGCAAUUAUCUAUCUAUCUAUCCCAAGAUUUCUCGCCUUUUUGUUCGUUCUCGAUUUUUUUUGUGCAAAAUUCGCAUUUUUUUUAAAAAGUUUCUCACAAUGAUUAGAGCUCGGCAGAAAAUAUUUAUCAACAAAGAAUCGAAUUUCUUGUCUUCCCGGUUACUGUUUUGUAUAUUUUUGUUCCCACACUUAUUAUUAUAAUUUUCAAUAAUUUGUCGCCGCUCGAAAAAAAAGAAAGAAAAAAGGCGCCGAUUUCUUUUCUUUUCAUCAAUAUAAGUUUUUGAAUAUAUUACAUAUUCCCAUAAUUACCAUCUUCUUCUUCUUCUUCUCGAUCAAUAGAAAACGAAGAAGACCCAUAAAACAUCUAUCAAUCUAUCUAUCAUCGUCUAUUUACAAGUCUACAGUAAUCUAAAAAUAAGCAAACAUAGUUUUGAUCAAGCUUAACACAUUUCUUCUUCUUCUUCGCUUCUUCUCAAAUAGGGAGGGCGGGCGGGCACAAAAAGAAUGCAAAAAUGCGGGAAUAACACCACAAAUUAGUCACUAUAUAUUAUUUGCAGACUUCAAAAUGGUCGAAGAUGCGGCGUAUGCUUGUGCGGGUUGCGGAUUUACAACAAGUUAGUUUUUCCAUCUUCGUUCUCCUCGAUUCUUUUUCUUUUUUCAUCAAUUACAUUCAUUUCGUCAAUGAUGACUGUAAAAUUGCAAUUAAAAAUUCCGCAUGCACUUUUUACCUUUUAGGGCUUGGGGAAAAGAGAAAAGCGCAUAAUUAAUGUAUUAUAAAAUUAUUUAUGCAAAAGCUAGAUUUUUCUUUGGUAAUUUGUUUGAGAAACAAAAACUGUCAUGGGAAUCUUAAGAGGAGGGGAAUGAGAGGGGUCAAAUAGUUGGAAUCUGGGGGCUUUGGAAUUUUGUGCACGGUUUGUAUGUCUUCCGUGACCUUUAUGGUUAUAAUUGAACCAGAUUAGACAGUUUUCCAAGUUUUGAUUUAAAAAAUCUAAAUCUCAAAUUUGAGUUAUUGGACCUGUAGCCAAGAUGUGCUUCAAAACGAGCCAUUCGGAAAUUUAUUCCAAAGAUGAUCCGAUUUAGAUAUUUUUGAAAUUUCCCAAGUUUCUUCUUUGGAUUCUGAUUCUUUCUCGAAGUUCCAAUAUUCUGAUUUGAACUCAGCCUAGCACAACCCUUAUCAUCUUCUCCGUCUUAUUUUUCAUUCAAUUUUCCCUCAUUCUCCUCCCAACUCGAUUUUAGGUGUGUCCUUCUUUUCUCGAUUUUCCCAACAACUAUCAAACGAAAUUUGUUGUGUUGAUCAAUAUAAAUUUUCAAAUAAAAAAUAUAAAUAAUAAAAUGUGCGGGUGACUAAUCGUGGUUUUGCAAAUGAGGCAGGCGUAGGAUUAAAACAAGUACAAAUCAUUUUUGACUUUCGAAAAAAAAUGAAGAAGAGAACUGUAUCACCUUGUUGUUUUGAAUUAAAAUUCGAAACAAUUGAUCUUCUCAUUCGGUUGGCUAGCUAUCCUCUUCUUCGUACAAUUUAUUCCUCAUUAAGACCCAUUACGAAUUCCCUCAUUCUUUUUUUUCUGUUUUUUUUUUGACAGUCUUCUCUCUUACCCUUUCCUAUUUUCCCCCUGUCUUUUUACAAUAUAAGCUCCGCCCAUUUUUUCCAUUCAUUUUCCUCUUCAUCGGGGUCUCUGUUUUUUCUGCUGCCCUCGCCUCACCUUUCGCCUCCGAUUUUAAUUGGCAGGGCUCUAACGAUGCGAAUCAAACAUUUUCAUUUUCUGAAAAACCCCAACCGGUUUUCAUUUAUUUAUUAUAUAAUAACAAUUUGCCUGUGUGGUUUUUUUCUAUUCCGAAAAAUAUGUAGAAGUUAUUGAUUUUCGAAAUGUUGCUAAAAAACCAACCUCUAUUUGAUUUGGGGAAAAAUAAUUAUAUAUUCGAUGAUGCGACGGUUGACGCCUCGUUCUUUCAAUCGCAUUCUAAAUCAUUAUUGCUGCUGUUUGGUAUAGAGAAUAAUAAUGAAAAUAAUAAUGAUUUUGGUUGUAUUUGAUCAAAAACGAGCAACCAGCAUUAAUAAUUCAUUUUCAUUUUUAAAUUUCAUUAUAAUUCGAACAACAAAUCGAUUUGAACAAAAUAAAAUCACUCACCUCAUAACUUCACCUCAUUUUAUUGUAUUAGAUAUGUGCGCUCUUUUCAUUUUUACCGACGCGCUUUUUUUCGUUGAUGCACUUUACGUUUUUUUUUGACAGAAUUAAAAUGGAAUAGAAGGUUGGAAGGGUUGAAAAUAGUUUAGAGAUUUUUUUAGAAGAUAUAUAUUUCUGAAAUUUUUCUGUGAUCUAAAAAUUUCUAGAAUUCAACUCUGAAUUUAGAUAGAACUAAAACCCAAAUUCCUAGAUCCCUAACAUAAAGCAAGUUAGCGUAAGUCUAAGCCGAGAAAACACUCUGAGCCUAAACCUUUCGAAAAUUUGCGUUGAGUUUGAAUUCAAGCUUGAGCCUAGAACAAUUUCCAAAGUUUAACCCUAAAAUUAAAAUGUAAGCCUGUAAACUCAUUUGCUUUUUUCUUGAUUUUUUCACAAAUCUUUGAUUUGAGAAAAAAAUUCAGUUUUUCAAUAUUUUCGGAAUCCUUUUCCCUUUCUCCCAUUGUAUCCACAAAGCUCUUUUAGAUUACUGUAGCUUUUCGUUGUACAAUCUUAUCAUUCAUUCUCCUUUUUUCUUUCUUAAACAAAUUCCUCAGCUUUCUUAUCACCGGUCAAAUCUGCAGCAGACUCAAAUUAAUUUUUUCUCACAUUUUUAUUUUUUCCCAUCUUAUCAUAUCAACCUGGGGCUACAGUAAUCCAACAACUAUCAAUAAAUCAAUAGGAAAAUAAACAGAGAAAGAGAAUCCGAAAUCUUUUCUCCUUCUUCUUCAUCUUCUUUUUUUCUCACCUCAUUUGAGUUUAUUAUUAGAUUUGACGAGACGAUGAUUAUUAUUAUUAUUGAAUUGAAAUGCACAUCCUUUGAUAUUUACCGCUUUUCAUUCACUCGACCACUUUUGUGUUCAACUAAAUUACUAACAAAAUGAAAUACCUUUUUUUGAGUGAACACACUAAUUUCGCGCCUCUUUUUUUCUAUUCUCUAUUUUGUUGGCACCAUUUUCUUUCUUUGUUGAUUUGAUCAUGUUCGAUUUUUUGGCGGUAAAAACUCUUUCAUCUUUCAUCGCGUUUUCCUUUUAUUUUUUCAUUAUCAUUAGAAUAAAAAUAAUAGUGUAAUUAUUAUUAUUAUUAUUUUGGUCGAUAAGAGGCGUGAAACAUUUUUCCAUGUUCUGUUCUGUUCUAAAAAAAAAGAAAAAUAAUUUUAUGUUCCGGAAUUUAUUGAUUUCGUUUCGUUCCUUGCAAAUUGGUUUCAUCACUUCAAAAAUUCAAAUGAGAUUUAUUAUUGUUUCAUUCAUUUGCCAAUUAAGUGUCUAUUGAAAAAAAAAUAAUUAGAGUUUUGUUUAGUUCUUUUUUCGUCUUUGCAAUCAAUCGCUUUUUGAUAUAAGAAAAAUAUUUUUCAUUUAUAUAUCUUUUAUCAAUUUACAGCUUUACAGCAUUUUUUUCAAUUUUCAUUUCAUUUCAUUUCUUUCUCUUUACAGAAAACAUAGCCGAUCUGGAAGAUCACGCAAAAAGUCACGAAGAAGGCGAGUCGUCGACUUCUUCAUCGACUUCUUUCGCUGCUUCGGCUCAACAACAAAAUAAUAAGGCGAAGAAAACGUGUCCUUUAUGUAUUGAAUUGACUGACGAUUUGGAGAAACAUUUGAUCGACGAACAUCGAAUUGCAGAAAGUGCCAUUGAGAAAUUGUUGUUGGUUGAGCAGAAGUGAGUUUGAGCAAGGGGAGGUGGGAAAGGUUGCACAAGAUUUCCCAUUUUGAAUAAUUUUGGCUGGGGCAACGAAGUUCAACAGAAAUGUGAGAGAUUUAGAGAAAACAUAUUUUUGAUCUACCAGAUAGAGAAACGUUUUCAACCGUUUUUAUAAUUUUAAAUGAUUAAAAAAAAUUUUCUUAUGAAAAAGCUGAACAAUUUCCUAGAAAUUUUAACCCAAUAUAACCUAUUUUUUGAUUUUUGAAUAGAUAAUACUUUCAAAAAUUCUAGUGUUCCCACCAAAAAUAGGAUUUUGCUUAACAUUUUUAAGACCUAUUUGUUCAAUUAUUUCAGAGGCUUCGACUUAGUCACUUGAAAAUAUUUUAUCAAAAUUUGGAAGAAAAAGUUUCUUUAUCAACAGAGCCUAAAUAUGAGUGGGCUGGACUUUUUUCAGAACCGUUUCGAAAUUUCUGAAUCUUUCAAUUCCCAAAAACAAUUUUUUCAAAUCUACGACCUUUCUUUUCCCCUUGUUAGCCUAAAGUUCCUGUUCCGAGAUUUAGUUUUGUCCUAUUAAUAACACGAACUAACUAAUUUGUCCAAUGAAUGCAAAAACUAGUACAAACCACCAAAAAAUGUUUUAUAAGUACAACAAAUUUCAUUAUUGUUAUUAAUAAUACCGCCAACAUACACAACCACACACACAUUUAUACACAACAAUUAUUAUUUUCAUUAUUAUUCAUUCAUAAUAGAAUUGAAUAAAUAAAUAAAUAAUCAAUUACAGUAUAACAACCACUGACUUUUUUCCCGGUCUCCCGUCACCUUUUUCUUUGUUUCUCUAGAUUCUCUCUCACCUGUGCUCUUUUUUUUCUUUUGAUAAUCAAAGUUAAAGCCAGCCGCCCCUUCCAAAUCAAAACAUUAAAUAAUUGGUUUUUUGAUGAAAAGUGUUUUUUGCCGCCCGCCCUAUCCAAAAAAGUCGCACGCAAUUAUUAUUUUUUUUUCAUUUUUUCAGGCCAGAAUUUUCACAUCGAUGUACAAAGUGUAAGAUGGCGUUUCGAACCGAAGCACAACUAAAAGCGCAUUCAAUCCAACACGUUUUUUCGAGUUAUCAUAAGUGUCCGACUUGCUCUGAAAGUUUUGAGGAUCAUAAUUUGUUGUUGGUAAGUUUGAAGAAAAUCGAUAAUUGAAAAAACUAUUUGGGGAAAAUUCUAGAGCUUUUUUGGUUGUAGAAAUUUUUGAAAAAAGAAGAUUUUAGGAAUCUUGAACUUGAUUGUGAUUUUUUUAAAUUUCAAGCGAAACGUUUUGUUAGAAAAAUUAGAUUUUUGAAUUUGAAAAAAAAUCUGAGAGUUUUUUUAACAGAAAUUCAAAAAUCUCAAAUUAACCCAGAGCCAAUUUUUGACAGCUCGAAAAUUCGAAAAAUCAAUAUCAUUCCAAAUUCCAAAUGGAAUCAAUGUUCCUAUCCAAAGAAUACUUACUAAUUUACAAAAUUUUGAAACAAAAAUUAAAAUGACACAUUUUAAAACGGAAAUUGUAAAGGUUAAUUGAUAACUCGGAAUUAAUUAAUUUUUAAAUCUUCUAAUUGCAGACUCAUAUGAUGGAUCAUAACAAAGAAGAAUGUGAAAUGUGCUCGGAAACUUUUGGAUCAAAAGAGCAAUUUAUAUCACAUCUGAACUCAACAAAACAUUUGCAACAAGCCAAAAAACAUUUGGAAAAUUCAUUGGUUGAUUUAAGUUCGCAGGUUUGUACUAUACCAAUUACCUACAGUAACCUCUUGGUUUUGUUUGCUAAUAAUUAUCAGUGCGCGGAAUUAUUUCUUUUUCUCAUUUAUUGUCGACCCUAAUUUCAUUUUUCUUUUUCUUUUCAUUUCAUUUCAUUUCUAGUACCAUUUUUGGUUGGCUGGUAUUUAGAAGGGGGAGAGAGAGAAAAAAACUGUUUGUCUUGUUGUGUCAACAAAUAAGACGACGAAAAACUCGUGUGAAAUGAGAUGAUGAGAAGGGAUGAUGAUGACGGUGCAAAUACCAUUGAUCCUUACUUCGGAACGAGAAGAAGAAGAACGAAGGGCGAAUUAAUAGAUUUUAUUAUUUAUUUGACAAUUGUCUGCCUGCGCUUAGACAAAUAUAUGAGAACAUGCGAUAAAUUAUAAGACCCCCCAACAAGGGACUUUUUGAAACUUGAAACAAUCAAAUCACUUUUGUUUUUCAGAUUUCCAAUGAUGAUGAACGGUUUCGAUGCAAUGUUUGUAAUCAAUCAUAUCCACAAGCUAAUAAUUUAGAAAUUCAUAUGAGGUUGGUUUGAGGGUCCGAGAAAAUUUCGAAAAAUAAUCAACUUUUGAAAGCUUUGAUAUAAAAAUUUAAAAGGAGGUGUAAUCCAGACCUGGAACCAAAAUUUUCAGUUCCCUGAGAUUACUGUAAUUUCAAAUUCUGAAUUUCGGAAGUUCUUUCCUCCAAAAAUUCUCCUAUCUUCCUUCUAUUCCUAAUCGAUAUUAUUUCUAGAAGUGUAUCACAUCAAACUCGAAUGUCUCGAUUAUCUGAUCUCAUAUCAACCGGUGAAAUAGAUAGUGAUAAAGCAAUUGUUGAACAACCCGGUAUGCCAUCACCAACAAUUGCCCAAUACAUUGAACAAACCACAAAACAACAAACUGUAAAUGAUGUUAUGUCUCUCUUAAUGAAAUCUGAAACCGAUGAAAAUAAUGCCGAUGAACCGAUUUCGGGUAUCCAUGUUCUAACGCAAAUCAAAGUGUAUGGCGAGCCAAAAAUCACGAAUCUUGUUGCGGGUCUUGAAGAGAAAAUUGAUUUGAUUGCUGGAUUUGAUGAGACGAAAGCUGCCGAAAUAUCGAUUAUUGAUUGUUCGACAUGUGGACAACAAAUCUCCGGAAUCCUGGUGAGUAUUUUAUUUUUAUUCAAAAAAAAAUUGUAGCGAAUCUUUCACUGAAUGAGUAAUUUUUUUCUUCGAAAAUAUCUUCAAUGAAACCCUUUCUUCUAAAUAGUUUUUGAACACCAAAAACUAUACGGUUUCGAAAACACAUUGUUUUACGAUUUCUUGUAUAAUAAUUUAUUUGGAAAUUGUUAUUGGUCGUGUUUUUUUCUUUCUUUCGUUAUAUUCGGCAAGCAUAAAUAUAAGCUGUAAAACAUUAUAUUGGCCCUCGGCGGCUUUUCGCCUUUUCAAAACGAAUUUUUGUAAUAUUUAAUAUAGCACCGCGCCAUUUUAUCUCCAUAUUAAUUUUUCUUACACUGUAAUGGCGGUUUUCUCUUUUUUUCAGGCUCUUAACUUGCAUUACGAAGAGGCACAUUCAUCAUCGAUUCCGACUGAAGUGCUCAAAAAGUUUGGCGAGAAAUUGUUGACGGGGAUUGAAGAAGAGCAAGAUUUGGAGAAAAACGGAAGUGGAACACCGCAAAGUGUUGAAUCAAACGACGACGAAACGACGACUGAAAAACGAAACAAAAUUGAUUCGAAUAUGUCGGCUGCUUCACAAUUUGCAAUGUUUUCACAAAUGAUGAAUUAUCUUCCAUUUAUGCAACCUGGAAUUCCACCCGAAAUGAUUUCACAGUUGAUGAAUCCAAAUGCUGCCGCUGCUGCUGUUGCUGCCGCCGCUGCCAAUUCAAAUUCAAAUAAUUCGCCGGCAAAACGUGCACGAACACGAAUCACUGAUGAACAAUUAAAAGUGUUAAGGUAAGUGUGAAGAUUACUGUAGGGGCCCCAAUGAAUUGUCAACAAAACAAUUGGUGUAAUGUAAAUAAUGAGAAAUAAUGUGUUGAAGAUGAGAGAAAAUAGAUGAAAAAGGAGUGUGUGUGUGUGUGAAUUAGAAGAAGAUGGAAAAAGGGCCGAAUUUUUUUUGUGACAAACAGAAACAAAAGCAGCUACAGUAUUCGAUGAUUGCUGAUUGGCUGAUGUUCAAUAAAUGAAUUUGGAGGGGGGUUUAGGAACAGUACAAUUCUCAGAAAACUGGAAUCAGCUAAAAUUUUCAAGAAAAAAUAAUCUUAUUCAAAAUCGUAGCUCAAUUUAGAAUCUAGAUAUUUGAAAACAGGCUAAAAAUAGGUUUUAAGUAUUUUCUCAUUCAUUUUUCUCCACAACUUUUAAAACUUCAAAUCCAAUUCCAACCAGCCUUCUGAUCACCUGAUUAAUCCAAACUCACAUCAGACAGGAAAUUAGUAUACAUCACUUUGUAAUUAGUCAAGUACACCCACAGAAAGGAAAUUAUUUCUAUUUUCUGCUACUUUUUAGAUAGAUACUCAUUUUCAUUUUCAUUUCAUUUCACAUAUUAUAAGCUCAUUUUCGAAAUUAGGUAGUUGUAUAAAAACAGCGAUAAAAUCUUGUUAAUUGUAUUCAUCUGGCGCCAUAAUUAACCUUGAAACAAUAGCAUUUUUGUGCUAAUUCGAUUCCUUUUUCAGGCAAUACUUCAAUAUUAAUAAUUCUCCAACUGAAUCGCAAAUCAAAGAAAUGUCAAUGAAAUCAGGACUUCCGGAAAAGGUUAUCAAACAUUGGUUUAGAAACACAUUGUUCAAGGUGAGGAAUUAGUUUUUAUUUUUAUUUGUUUAUUUGUAUUGGUAAUUAGUCAGGCAAAGGAAGGGAGGGGUACUUAUAAUAAUACAUAUAUGAAUAUUAUAUUUAUGUAUUAAUGUCAAACAAAAAUCAUAUUUAUUUAUUUAUGUAUUAAAGAGUGAGAAUUAUAAAUAUUAUUAUUAUGAAUCAAUCAAUUGAAUGAAUGAUUUCCGUUGAGUCAUUUGGGAAAAAGAGAAAAGUUUUUAUUCAUAAUUGAUAUUUAGGAUGGUUUUUUGGUUGUUUUGUAAAGGAGGGGCAAAAUAAAUAUUCAAAUUGAAUUUCAAAUAAUUUGGUUUUCUAGACCGUGACCGAAUUUUUCACAAGAAACAGAAAAAAAUAUUUUUGAAUUUCUAUCAGAAAAUUUCUUGGACUUUUUUUUUCAGAAGUUCUUUAAAAUUCAACAAAAUUAUAUUUCAGGAACGACAACGAGAUAAAGAUUCACCGUAUAAUUUCAAUAUUCCUCCACAAAUGGGAAUCGAUCUUGAUAUGUAUGAAAAAACUGGAGAAGCAAAAGUUGUAUCAUUGAGUAUGAGCAGCGGAGAGAAAUCGGAAAUCAAUUCGGCUCGCGCAACUCCAACCUCAAUUCUAAAUCCAUCAACAUCAGCAACAACUCCUGAAGAAAAGAAGCCGACACCAGUUCCAACACCAGCUUUAGAUCCAACAAAACUCAAUAUUCAUACAAUGCUCAGUCAAUUGCAACAAACCAAUUCUUUUCCAUUUUUGGAUGCGAGUUUUAUGGCGGCGGCUGCGGCUGGACCAAUGGCACAAAUUGCUGCACAACAACAACAGCAGCAACAGCAAAAUCAACAAGCUUGUAAUACUUCGUCAAGUGGAAGAAGAGCAAAUCGGACUAGAUUCACUGAUUUUCAAUUGAGAACUCUUCAACAAUUUUUUGAUAAGCAGGUGAGAAUUUACAAUUUUUUAUCUGAAAUUCCGAUGAUAGUUUGGGGAAUCUAAUUUUUACAUUUGUUAUUACAGGCUUAUCCGAAAGAUGAUGAUCUUGAAGCACUCAGCAAAAAGCUUCAAUUGAGCCCUCGUGUUAUUGUUGUUUGGUUCCAAAAUGCUCGCCAGAAAGCCAGAAAAAUAUAUGAAAAUCAACCAAAUCAUGAAAAUUCGGAUCGAUUUGUUCGCACACCUGGAAGUAAUUUUCAAUGUAAAAGAUGUAAUCAAGUUUUCCAACGAUAUUAUGAAUUAAUUCAACAUCAACAAAAGAAAUGCUAUAAAGAUGAUGGAGCUGCAUUAAUGAAUGAUAAUAAAAGUAUGGAAGAAUCAUUGAGUGAUGAGGAAAAAGCACAACUUCUUGCACAACAACAAAAUCCGCUGGCCAAUUUUGAUAUUCAAAAAAUGCAACCGAAUGAUUUGUUGAAAUUACUUGGAGCAAAUCAAAAAUCGAGCAAUGAUGUUUUGUUGAAAAUGUGUGAAUCGAUGGGUGGAACAUCAACUCCGUCAACAUCUUUUCAUAAAAUUUGUCCGAUGUGCGCACAAACAUUCCGUGAAAAAUCAGCAAUUAUUGAGCAUUUACAACAAAAACAUUCAUUGAUUGCACCGAUUGAUGUUGAUUUAUUACCAGAUGCUGAUAUAAUUGCUGAUUCUUCAAUGGCUCUUGAUUUAUCUGGAUCUUCUGUUGAUUUUCGUGAAUCGAUUUCGACUUCUCCAACAAGAUCUGAUGAUGAUAUUGUGACUGAACAAUUGGAUGAUUCACAGUUUGCAACAUUUGGAAUUCAGAUUCCAAAUUCAUCUGGAUGUCGAUCACCAACAAAUAAUAAGAGAUAUAGAACACAUUUGACACCUUUACAAGUUCAACUUAUGAAAAAUAUCUUUGGAGAUUAUAAAACACCAUCGAUGGCUGAAUGUGAAAUGCUUGGAAAAGAAAUUGGAUUGCACAAAAGAGUUGUACAAGUUUGGUUUCAAAAUGCGCGAGCAAAAGAGAGAAAAUCAAAAGGAAAUGGAGAAGAAGAAAUCAAAUCAUUGGAAACAAAAUGUCAACUUUGUGAUAAACAAUUUGCAACAAGAUUAAGCCUCCAAGAUCAUUUAUUCUCAUCUGAACAUAUUGGACUUUUAAGAACUAAUUUGAAAAAGGAAGGUGUUUCUGAUGUUGCAACUGAUAAUGGACAACCAGUUGAAAAGAAAUCGAAAACAUCAGCGGCAAUGGAUAUGUCAAGUUUCCCAUUUAAUUUAAUGCUCGGUGCUGGAUUUCCGAUGGUUGAUGUCAAUCUUUUUGGAACACCAAUUCCAAUGUUGCAAAUUCCGGAAGAUGUUAAAACUCAAAUUGCAACUGAUAUUUCGGAUUCAAAAGAUGCUACAGUAUUUUCACAAGAUGGGCAAACAAUUGAAACUCUCACACAACUUCUUCCUGAAGAUGAAAAAUGCAAUGUGGAAGCUGUUCCGAAAGAUGUUGGAUGGGCUUGCACAUCGUGCACAAAUGUAUUUCAAGAGGAGAAGAAAUUGAAAGAACAUCAGAAGACAAUGUGCACAACAUGUGAUAAGGUUUGUCUCAAGUUCGUGUUUUCAAAUCCUAAUUCAAAUUUCUCAUUUUUCAGAUGCUCACAUUAACCCAAAUCCAUUAUUCAUGCAAAUUGUGUUCUUCAUUGUUUUGCCUUCAAAAUGAUUAUAUAAUGCAUUUACAUAGUUUGCCUCAUAUUCAAUUCAAGCCAUGA